AUGCUUUCCCGCGUUGCUCGUCAGAAACAUGCUCUGCUCUCCUUUCGCCGGCCAACGGCGCAGCUGCCUCGACUGCCUCAUACAACACUGCGACUGCAGGCCCAGCCGGUGCGACCGAUAAUCACAGAUAAUUCUCACACGACGCCUCAGUCGACAGAGCGACGCCGUCGUGCCUCGUUCCAGUCGCAUCGCACCCUCGCUACGGCUACAGAUGCUUCACCUGUCGGCCUGGGAAGCUAUGAUCCCUUCACAACCACCUCCACCACCUCUCCAUCGGACAUCAACUAUGAGAGCUAUGAACAGUCUCGGCCGUGGGGGCCUCUCUCGGAAAUUCGUGACAAUGACCCCAAUUCUUCGUUGGUCAUCCUCGAUGAUUUCCUCCAGACCACCCCGAAGAUCCUGCGGAAAAUUAAUGGAAUUGGCGGUGAUGAAGACGAAAUGCUGGCCAACUUUGACGUCUCUAUCAAGGUAGGCCGGUUCGAUCGUGCAGUGUCUCUCAUUCAGCGACUCGGUCAAUUUUUCCCGGCCGACUCGCCGCAAUACCUUGCCCUGCACAAUCGCUACCUGGCAGCCAUGGUGACUCACAUGAUCGUGAUGAGACAAACGCAUCUAGUCUUGCCGCUGCAGAAGUUCUUCGAGGUCGAUAUGCCAAAUGGCGGUGUCAUUCCUGACGCGACCACUCUGGCAAUCAUGAUCAGAAUGGGCUUGCGUAUGCUACACGGCUCAAAGCGAGAUCGGACCGUCCGAAGGUACUGGGAAGUCGCCAAGAAGCAGGAUAUCGAAGAUCUUGUUCUUGCAGCACCCGUUUUGUCAGAAUUGGAACUCGGAGAGAUAUCAGAGAUCUGUUCAGCCGACCUGCAACGAGUGGCGAUCAAUAGCAUAGAACUAACAUCAACACCAGCUUUUUCGCAGCAAACCCCGCAAGAAGCCUACGAACCUCCCGAGGUCCAGGCUGCUCACCUAAAAGGCCACGGUCUCGCAUCGCUGAAGAAGUCGCUUUCACUAUUUUCUAGUAACAACGAGGUGGAAGAGCUCUUGGAUAUCGACCAUACCGACCCCGAACAACACGAACUGUACAUGCAAACAAAGCAGCGCAGACUUGAGGCGGAUGCUCUGAGUUCUGCCCUCGAGCGGUGGCGUGAGGAAUACGCCGAUCGCAGAAAAUCCGGCAUGGAUAUGACCAAUGGUGGAAUUAAAGUAAAUAACUUGAUGCACGAAUGGCAUACCAGGCUCGUUGGACGUCUGGAGCAAGAGUUGGAGUUGGUCGCUGAAGCCGAAGCUAAAACCGUCCGCUCGAUUACGGAACGAGAACGCUGCGAAUAUGGUGUCUAUCUGCGGGCACUCAGCGCCGACAAGCUGGCUGCCCUCACGAUUCUUGAUGUGUGGAACGUUUUCAGCAAAGAGGGUAUGGGCAACGGCGUCAAGCUCUCGACUUUGGCCUCCAUCAUCGGCCGAGAUAUUCGUGACGAGAUGGCUGCAGUAUCUGCCCUCGAGAAGAAUGCGGCAGCUAGCCCAGAAAAGCUCAACAUGCUGAAAUGGGUCUUGUCUUCCCGCAGGACCAAGGCAGCUCCCAGCUGGAAGCGUAUCCUCAAGACCAUGCAGGAGGGCGACCCCAAUGUCGAUUGGCCCCCGCGCGUGAUCGUCAAGGUCGGCGCCGUGCUCAUGAGCUUGCUCUACGAAACUGCGAGAAUCACCGUGACAGCUAUCGAUCCCGCCAGCAAAACUCCCAUCACGACAUCACAGCCGGCCUUCCACCACGGAUAUAUCAUGAACUGGGGCAAGCGCUCCGGUGUGAUGCACCUGCACGAGGACCUGGUCAAGAUGAUCGCUAAGGAGCCCUCCGCCAGCUUGAUCUGCCGCCACUUGCCGAUGAUCUGCAAACCCAAACCGUGGAAAGGCUUGAAGAGCGGUGGCUACUAUCACUACGACACGGCUCUGCUGCGUGUGACACCGGCCGAGAUCCUGCAGCCGCAGUACGUCAAGGCGGCUAUGGAGAACCAUGGCCUGGAACACCUGCGCGCCGGGCUUGAUGUGCUUGGGCAGACUGGCUGGGUUAUCAAUAAGGAAGUCUUUGAUGUGAUGCUCGAGGCUUGGAAUUCUGGGAAGGCGGUUGCCAACCUGGCUCCCUCGGAGCCUGAUCUGCAGCACCCGCCCAAGCCUAGUCCCGAGGACGGUCGGGAGGCGGAGAUACAGUGGAACUACAAGGUCCGGGACAUUGAGAAUCUGAAGUCAGGCUUCCAUUCGAAUCGAUGCUUCCAGAACUUUCAGAUGGAGGUCGCGCGCGCCUACCGCAACGUGACUUUUUACUUGCCGCACAACAUGGACUUCCGUGGCCGAGCCUACCCUCUGCCCCCUUACCUCAACCAGAUGGGCGCCGACAACAGCCGUGGUCUCCUUCUCUUCAGCGAAGCCAAGCCCCUGGGCGUUCAGGGACUGCGGUGGUUGAAGAUUCAGCUGGCGAACGUGUUCGGAUACGACAAGGCAAGUUUUUCGGAGCGCGAACAGUUCACCAUGGACCAUCUCAACGACGUGCUGGACUCGGCCAACAACGGGCUGCACGGCCAGCGGUGGUGGCUCAAGGCCGAAGACCCCUGGCAGUGCCUGGCGGCGUGCUGCGAGCUGCGCAACGCACUGCGAUUGGACGAUCCGACGCAGUAUCUGUCCCGACUGCCGAUCCACCAGGACGGCUCAUGCAACGGACUGCAGCACUACGCGGCUCUGGGCGGCGAUCUGACGGGUGCGCAGCAAGUCAAUCUGGAACCGUCGGACCGACCGUCGGACGUGUACACGGGUGUGGCAGAGUUUGUGAAGGCAUCCAUUGCGCAGGACGCAGCGCAGGGCAACGCGCUGGCGCAGCUCUUGAACGGGAAAGUGACGCGAAAGGUGGUCAAGCAGACGGUCAUGACCAACGUGUACGGAGUGACCUUCAUCGGUGCGAUGCGACAGGUGCGGCGGCAACUGGCGGACCAUUACCCGGAGCUGACGUCCGAGACGGCGCGCAACGGAGCGCUUUACAUUGCGCGCAAGAUCUUUGAAGCGCUGGGAUCGAUGUUCAACGGGGCGCACGCGAUCCAGUACUGGCUGGGAGAGUGCGUCAACCGGAUCACGCAGUCGCUGGCGCCAGCGCAAAUCGACGAGAUGUCGCGCGAGGCGCUGAGCGCGUCUAGCGGUCGCAAGGCCAAGGACCCAACGCAGCGUUUCCGGUCGACCGUGAUCUGGACGACCCCACUGGGCCUGCCCGUGGUGCAGCCUUACCGCACCCGGCGGACACGGCGGAUCACGACGAGUCUGCAAGACAUCAGUAUCGCGGACUGGAGCACGGACGACGUGGUGAACCGGCGGCGACAGCUGCAGGCGUUCCCGCCCAACUUCAUCCACUCGCUGGACGCGACACACAUGUUGCUGUCGGCCAACGAGUGCCAACGGCAAGGAUUGACGUUCUCUGCCGUCCACGACUCCUUCUGGACGCAUGCGGGUGACGUCGACUCGAUGAACCGGAUCCUGCGAGACGCGUUCAUCCGCAUGCACUCGGAUGCGAUUAUCGGGCGGCUGGCAGCCGAGUUCGAUGCGCGGUACGGCAAGCACCUGUUUCUCGGCAAGGUCUCGAGGAACAGCAAGCUGGGCCAGGCGAUCCGGGAGUACCGGCGAGCGAACAGCCCGCGGAGCUUCAAGCUGGCGGAACUGUUGCAGGAGCAGAAGCGACAGCGGCUCCUGCGGUCGGAGGAACCGGAGCUGCAAGCGCAGGGACGGGCGAUGGUGACGCCGGCCAGCAUCUUCGAGAGCCUUGCGGGCAGCGACGCCGACCUGGUCAGCUCCAAGACGAUCGGCGAAUCCAGCAUCGGCCACAUCCCCGAGGACGUUGCCGCCGCAGAACGGCGGCCGAUCACCACCUUGGUCGACCCGGAGGACCCGGCCUUGGCGACCAUGAUGGGCCCGCUGGCGGACGCCUCUGUUGUCGACAACAAGCGCAGCAGCAGCAACCUCGACGAAGAGGCUGAACUGGCAGACGAGGCCAUGGACGACGACGAGGCCGACCUGGGUUCUAGUACUCCCGUCAAGAGCAGGGCCAAGGGCAGUGCCGCCAACACAGUGCCGCUAUGGCUGCCCAUGCGGUUUCCCGCGGUGCCCGCCAAGGGCGACUGGGACGUCAGUCGAAUCCGCGACAGCGAAUAUUUCUUCUCAUGA